GUCGAAUUCAUGAUUACACGUGUCCAAUGUUAAUUGAAGAUUGAAAAAUUCUGACGGAUCGUUUUGGUAAAUAGGUUCAGCGGGUUCAGCUGAGUCUUUAAAAGGAUUUAUCCGUUCUUCCGAAAAUCACAAAAUCUCGGGAUAUCAGAUAUUACAAAACACUUUUUUAAUAUUCUUCCGUCUUACAAGUAAAUUGGUGCUUCAUUAAAAAUGCGUGUUUCACCGAUUGUCGUUUUGUUGUUCUUCACUAUCGCUCCAAACGACGGCGCAAUCGAUUACAAUCAUUUAAAAUGUUUAGUUUGCAGAGUAAUGGCCAAAGAAAUGAAACUAGAGAUCGGAAAAAUCAAUCCAAAUCGAACAAUUGACAUCGGUAAUUACCGAUUGGAUGCCCAAGGCAAUGAAAUCAAAAAAACUGUUCGCAUGGCACAUUCGGCCGUACACAUAUCUGAAAUUUUGGAUGAUAUUUGCGAAAAAUUGAAUGACUAUGUGAGAGCGAUUGACAAAAAGUCGAAAAGAUUGACACUGAUAAAUUUACUGUCGCCGACUGGUGGCAUGAAUGUUAAAAUGAGUGAAAUUGAUAUCGUGCAGGAUGGUGAUUUGAAUAAAAGUCUUGAAUAUUUGUGCAGAGACGUGGUUGGCAGCAUGGAAGACGAAAUAACGGAAUUUUUCCAAAAAGACAACAAAGAUAACGUCAGCGAAAUUUGUACGGAUGUUUGCGACGAAACGAUGGUUGAUGAAGAGGAAGAGACGAUCGAUGAAGUUCGAGAAAAGACUGAAUUGUGAACAUGGGCAAAAAGGACAAAAAGGGGAGCCGACUUAAAACUCUAUUUUUUUCAUGAAUUUUCAACGAUUGUUACAAUGAAUGAAAUUAAAUGAAAAAAUAAAGAAAGGAGAAAACCAGUGAAGAAAAAUAAAACGAA